AUGGCUGCGGGGGGAGGAUGCGGGGACACGGUGGGGGAGUGCCGCGUGGAGAUUGAGAGGCUGACGCGGGAGCUGGCGGAGGCGAACCGGGAGAAGAUCCGCGCCGCCGAGUGCGGACUGGUGGUGCUGGAGGAGAACCAGACCGUGAAACAGCAAUACGCGGAUCUGGAGGCCGAGCAGGAGGCGCUCAGGCUGGAGUUGGAGCAACUUCAGGAGGCGUUCGGCCAGGCUUACUCCACCCAGCGUAAGGUGGCAGCCGAUGGGGAGUCCAAUGAGGAGACCUUGCUCCAGGAGUCGGCCACCAAGGAGGCCUACUACAUGGGCCGGCUGCUGGAGCUCCAGUCUGAAGUCAAACACAACCGGGCCACCGUCGCCAACACGCAGGCCGACAAUGAGCACCUCAGCACCCUGCUGCAGGAGCUGCGAGAGAGUAAUGAGAUGCUGGAGCUGCAGAGGAGUCGGAUGCGAGAGGAGACCAGAGAGUAUAAGUUCAGAGAGACCCGGCUGCUCCAGGACUACACCGAGCUGGAGGAGGAGAACAUCUCCCUGCAGAAACUGGUCUCCACGCUCAGACAGAACCAGGUGGAGUACGAAGGUCUGAAACACGAGAUCAAGGUGCUGGAGGAGGAGACGGAACUCCUCAACAGCCAGCUGGAGGACGCCCUGCGUCUGAAGGACAUAUCUGAGGCCCAGCUGGAGGAGGCCCUGGACUCUCUGAAGAGCGAGCGUGAGCAGAAGAACCACCUCCGCAAGGAGCUGGCCCACCACCUCAGCCUGUGUGACGUCGCUUACACCGGCACUGCCCACCUGUCCUUCACUUCAGCCCCGCCCAGCGGCACGGCCACGCCCACCGCCUUACUCUCCCCCACCGCUGAGGAACCGGCAGCGAGGUGUAAUGGCCACCUCCAGGCGGGGACGGGCACCGGAUCGGGGACAAACACGGGCUCACUGUCCAGGGCUAACGGAGACUGCCGGGGGUCGGGUCGUAAGGCAGAGGUGUCGGACCUCUUCAGCGAGAUGAACCUGACGGAGAUCCAGAAGCUCAAACAGCAGCUGUUGCAGGUGGAACAGGAGAAAACAGCGAUCUUGACCAGCCUGCAGGAGUGCCAAACUCAGCUCCUGCACACACAGGGUGCCCUCGCUGAGCAGCACGAGAGGGCCCUUCGUCUCAGCCAGAAAAUCACGGUCCUCCGCCGCCUGCACCGUGGGGCCCACUACCUUGCUCAGGAGGCCCACAGUGGCUUGGAUUAUCAGCACGACAGGGAAGAGGAGAAAGUCGAAGGGGAGGAAGGAAAUGAGGACGACAAGAGCGGGACAGUGAACAAAAGCCAAAUGUUUUCGUACCAGACGCCGGGCCUAGAGAUCCUGCAGUGUAAGUACCGGGUGGCAGUGACGGAGGUGGUGGAGCUGAAGGCGGAGAUGAAGGUCCUGCGGGAACGGCUGGCCCAGUGCGGAGACGGAGACACGGAGGAGAAAUCGCGAAGAGACGUCCAGCUCCGAGACCUGGAGGAGCAGGUGGCCAGGCUGGAGAAGAGCUGCCGGGAGGGACGGGAGAAGCUCUCAAACCAGGACUCGGAGCUGCAAACCGCUCGCACUGCUGCCAGCGAGAGCCAGGGGGCGCUGAACGCUGCCCAGGACGAGCUGGUGACCCUGAGCGAGGAGCUGGCCCAGCUGUACCACCACGUCUGCCUGUGCAACAACGAGACGCCCAACCGCGUCAUGCUGGACUACUACAGGCAAGGCCGGGGCCUCAGGGGCCUCAGUGCAGGCCUCAAAGCGAUGUCUGCGGAUGAGAGCCGAGUUCUCCUCACGCCCCGCCUGGCGCGGAGACUGGCGGCUGUUGCCUCGGCAACCUCGAGUCCAAGCGAGUCGCGAAGCCCCUCCGAAUCUCCGUCCAAAGAGCCCCUUUCUGGGAAUGGGGCACGGGAGGGGAAGGAGGAAGCUGGGGAGGGGCUGCAGGUGGCGUCCCGGCACAGUCCCGGACCCCGCACCCCUUCCAUGGGCUCGCCCAGCAUCAGUGCCUCUUCAUCGUCAUCAUCAUCGUCAUCGCCUGCCCUGGAGCCUGCUGGCGAGCUCCGCAGGGAACCCAUGAACAUCUACAACCUCAAUGCUAUCAUCAGAGACCAGGUCAAGCACCUCCAGAGGGCAGUGGACCGGUCGCUCCAGCUGUCCAGACAGCGAGCAGCAGCCAGGGAGCUGGCUCCUCUGCUGGACAAAGACAAGGAGAGCUGCAUGGAGGAGAUCCUCAAGCUGAAGUCUCUGCUCAGCACCAAGAGAGAGCAGAUAGCCACCCUAAGGCUGGUCCUCAAGGCUAACAAACAGACUGCAGAGGUGGCCCUGGCCAACCUGAAGAGCAAGUAUGAGACGGAGAAGUCAAUGGUGACGGACACCAUGAUGAAGCUUAGGAACGAGCUCAAGGCCUUAAAGGAGGAUGCCGCCACCUUCUCCUCCCUGAGAGCCAUGUUCGCUACCAGGUGUGAUGAGUAUGUGACCCAGCUGGAUGAGAUGCAGAGACAACUGGCUGCGGCCGAGGACGAAAAGAAGACGUUGAAUUCCCUCCUGCGAAUGGCUAUACAACAGAAACUGGCCCUCACGCAGCGUCUGGAGGACCUGGCCUUUGACCAGGAGCAGACCCACCGGACUCGUGGGGUCAAAGUGACCCGCAACAAGACCAGCACUCCCAAAGUAAGUCACUCAGCCAUGGCCUCAGCUCUUGCCUCCGCCCCCACCCUAGCACAGGGUGCCCCCACCACCAUUCUGGCCCCCGCUCUGACCUCGUUUCUCAACUCCCCAAUGUCCCAGAAAGACUCCUGCAGCCCGUCGUCAGCCACCCCUUUGGUGGGUCCCUCAGUCCCGGGAAGCCCCCCAACCCUCGAGGCGCUCUCCUCCCCCAUCCCCUCAGCAUCAACCACGGCCUCCACGCUUUUGAGGCAGGCUCCCUCGCAGUGGACUUUGGGUGUCCGAACGUUCAUGGUCGACUCCCACAGUUUCAACGUCAACCUCUCUUCAGAUCUGCCGCGUAGCUCGGGACUGUCCAGGCACAAUGCCCCAGACUCCCACCCCUCCUCCUCCCGUCCCACCCAGCCGGGGGGCUCAGCCCCCUCCUCCCCCUACCGCUCAACUCUCCUGGAGGCCAGACGCUCCACGUGGAGCUCCUCUCCCCGAACGCGGCCACCCUCCAACCUGAUGCGCUCCUCUGCCCUCUAUACUGCGUCCUCCUCUUCGCUCUAUGCCUCCACUCACAGCUACUCCUCUGCCCUCUAUUGCCCAUCUUCUUCCUAUACCCCAUCCAGCUCCUAUAGUCCCUCGCCCUCAUACAACCACUCCACCCACUACAGCCCGCUUUACGCUCGAUACUAUAGCCCACAUAGGCCUCGUCACUGA